AUGACACAUACACAUGUUCCAGGACGACCACGUAAGAGGGUGAUAGAUUCUCCGGCGACAGAGUCUCCAGAGAAGUCUGCUGGGGCCGAGCCUGUUAGUCAGGGACAGACUCCUCAGGGUAUUGUGGGCACGUCGAGUUAUCAGACCCCGACGAUUCCGACUUCAGAAGUACCUACCUCGACAGUACCACCAGUGGUACCACCGUCGGUAUAUCCGGCGCCUCCCCCAUCAGCACUAUCUGCGGCAUACCCAGUACCCCCUCUAGCCGUGUCUGCUACUACGUACUCGGCACCACAGAUACCUGUACCGGUUACUACAUACUUGGCACCCGUACCAGUAGUACCGGUUGUUUCUUACCCGGUACCGCCCACCGUACCUUCAAUCGCCCCUACUUAUGUCUACUCUGUAGUUCCACCAGCAAUAUCUACCCCAGUUUAUGCAGCAGCACCAGGGAUACCUCUUCUGACCUAUCCAGCAGUACCACCCAUAGGAUUAGCCCCAGUGGUUCUGCCCAAUUUUACAGCAAUCCCUAUUGAUAUAGUUGCGGCACGAGCAUGGAUCACCGACCAUUUAAGUGGGAGGACAAUCAACUCCCACUUAAAUGGAUAUUCUAAACAGGCUUCCUAA